AUGCUGGUGGAUAUGCCUUUCGCCCGAGCAUUUGUCCAUGAUGUGAUCAUUUUUUCGGACUCCCUUGAAGAUCAUACCAAGCAUUUGGAUCAGGUCUUGCAACUCUUUAAAAACAAGAAUCUGAGACUGAAAAUGUCUAAGUGCUCCUUCUUCAGAUCGUGUGUUAACUUCUUGGGCUAUGUUGUGAGUGAGGAAGGCAUUAAGCCCAAUCCAAACAAAUUGACUGCGUUAAGUGAUUUCCCUCGACCAAAGGACAGGAAGGAGUUGAAGCGAUUUCUGGGGAUGUGCGGAUAUUACCGACAAUUCGUGAAGGAUUACGGACUGAUUGCUAUGCCAUUACAACGCCAACUUCGCAAGUCAGGGGGAGAUUUUGGCUGGACCCAAGAAAUGGAGAAGAGCUUCCUAACUCUGAAAAAGAAACUCACUACGGCUCCUGUGCGGGUCUUGCCACAAGAAGGGAAACCUUUUGUGGUCACUUGUGAUGCUUCCGACGUGGGUAUGGGGGCCACGCUGGAACAGGGUGGGAACUUAGUUGAGGCCACCUCACAUGGUUUCACCGAAACAGAGGAAAAAUGGCCUGCUAGAGAAAAGGAACUAUUUGCGUUGAUUUUUGCUCUUCGCGCAGAUGGAGACAUCGUCUCCUUGGGCGCGAUUUUACCCUGUGAACUGAUUGCAAGCCAUUGA